AUGUCCACAGAGGAAUAUGGUCUGGAAAUAACCAACAAUGGUCCCAUCACAACAGGAGCUCAAGCUACUGUUCACGCCAGUCUAAGUAUGAAGAAUGACAGUGUCACAUCAAACUUGUAUCACUUCAACUGGAUUUAUGCUCCUCUGAUUCUGAUAAAGAAAUCCGAGCAGCGGUUUAACUCCGUAAUUAAUGUGACCGGUGAAUUUCCUGGGACUUUUCCUGUAUCUGUCUGGGUGACUCAUAGAAACUGUUGGUUAUGUCGGCCGGUUGCUAGAAAUGUCACUGUACUUCAGAUUACAGAAUUUAUAACAGGGAAUCUUACCAUUGCCCAGAUAGAAGACAGUAGAUUUAUCACGCAUGGUUCUAGUUCCUCCACGGGCGCUGUCACCCGGAUUUCUUUCUGCCUUCAUGACCCAAGUAAUUACUUCAAGUCAGCAUCAUUUGUCUACAACUGGGAUUUUGGAGAUGGAGUUUAUCAGAUUACCAAGGAACCCUUUGUCUACUAUAACUGCUCUACCAUGGGGAAUCGCACGGUGCAUCUGAAAGUCAUAGCUGAAUGGGAGCAAAUUGGAAGCAUCAUACAUGAAAGAGAAACAGUGCAGAAAACUGGUGAUUUUACCACUGCUCUGGAGCUGUUAGAUGCUGUUAAAAGUAUUAAUGUAGUGGGCUCCAGAGAGACUCAUGUAAUGGAAAACCUGAGUUUAUCUCUUCAUAUCAAUGGCACCCCGCCGCUGGCAUUAUGCUGGCUUAUAAAGUCUGAGUGCAUUCCACUUGAAGGUGAAAAAUGCCAUCUGGUGGUGAUUAAUGGCUCCUGCUACAAUCUCAGCCAUACCUUCAGUGAUGCUGGACAGUAUUGCCUCAGUGUCAGGGUGGAGAAUGGCGUGACGAUGCUGCAGACGUACCAUGAAAUAAAAGUGUGGCCAACAGGGAUCCACCCAGCUUUCUUUGUCCUGCUCUGCAUCGGCCUGGUUUCAGUGACGCUAGGACUGGUGCUGUACACAACCUUUCGAAGUAACACACAACAAAAAGAUCUCGUGGAGGUAGCUGACUUCGAUUUUUCUCCACUGUCUGAUAAAAACCUGUCUUCUCAUUCGGAGUCAGGCUGUGGCCAAAUAUGUUGCAGAUCAUGUUUUCUUCGGUCAUCUCAAGAAGCUGCCAGGGAGAGUCAUGAACUUCUACAUUCUUUUUACAAGCCAGUCAAAAUGUACACAGUGUGA